AUGCGAAAGCCCCGGGAGCAGGGCAUGGAGGAAGCCGGGUCCGCUCAGCGGAGCGACCGCGGAAGCACCACAACUUUCAUCGUGCAGGGGGCGAGGCCUGUUUGUCCAAUCAGGAGCGCCUGGGCGGAAUCUGGAAAACUAUCCAAUCAGGGGCCUCAAGGAAGGAUGUCGUUCCACAAACCCGCUCAGACGUCAUCGCCCCGCGCGGUCACGGCGCGAAGGCUCCCGGCGUGCGCUGCUCAGUCCGCGGUGUCCCGUUUCCCGCGGAGAGGACGCCGGAGGGCUCCGGAAGCGGCGAGAUGCGCGACGCCGCACGGGCAGCCGAAAUUCCGGGCGUCCUGUUCGUCCCCGAUCGCGGCGAGUUCGCCUCGAACCCAGAGCCCCGCGUCACGAACACAUUGUGGGGGGUCAGUCGUCUUUGAGGAUGUGGCUGUGGACUUCACUCAGGAGGAGUGGGCUUUUCUGGAUCCUGCUCAAAGGAAGCUCUACAGAGACGUGAUGCUGGAAACCUUCAGGAACUUGGCAUCAGUUGAUGAUGAGACUCCAUUUAAAGCCAAUGGGUCCAUUUCUCAAGAGAGUACCCCUGAGGAAAAAAUAUCCAAUGAAGAUAAAAUACUAAAAUUUAGAAGAAAUGACUCUUGGGCUUCCAUUUUUCUAAAAAUCUGUGAAGGCCUUAACAUUGAACAUCAUCAUAAAAACCAGGGGAUACCUCUGAGUGAUUAUAUGGUCAAGAAACUCUGUGAAAAUAAUGAAGGUAAUCAGUGGGGGGAAACCUUCAGCCAGAUUCCAAAUCUUAAUCAGUACAAGAAAACAACUACUAGAGUCAAUCCAUAUGAAUGCACCGAGUGUGGAAAAGUCUUUAUGUCUUGUUGGUCAUUGAAGAGACACAACGCACGUCAUACCGGACACAAACCAUAUCAAUGUUCAGAAUGUGGGAAAUGCUAUUAUUUUACAUCAGAACUAAGAAGGCACGUGAGAAUUCACGGUGGAGAAAGACCUUAUGCAUGUGAAUUAUGCUGGAAAACCUUCAUUCGUUACCCAUCCUAUCUUAAUCAUGAAAAGUUUCAUAGGAAAGAGAAACUUUAUGAAUGUAAACAAUGUGGAUGUACCUUCAGUUCUCUCAAAUCCUUCGAAAGGCAUGAAAGGACUCACAUUGAAAAGAAAUUGAACGAAUGUAAGGAGUGUGGGAAAGUCUUCCCCUGGCCCUCAUCUUUAAGAAGACAUAUGACAACACACAGUCGAGAGAAACCCUAUGAAUGUAAGCUCUGUGGGAAAGCCUUCAAAUGGCCCAUAUCUUUAGAAACACAUAUAAGAACACACAGGGAAGAAAUAGCUUACAAAUGUGAGGAAUGUGGAAAAGCCUUCAAGAGUCCCUUAUCUGUUCCAGUCCAUAUGAGAAUGCACACUGGAGAGAAACCAUAUGAAUGUAAGAAAUGUGGGAAAGCAUUUGCAUUUUCUUCAGCUUUAAAAUAUCAUAUGAGAACACAUACUAGAGAAGAAUAUUAUAAAUUCAAUCCAAAUGAGUGCACUGAAUGUGGAAAAGUCUUUACUUCUCGUUCAUCGUUUCAGAGACACAUUGCAAGCCACACUGGACAGAAGCCAUAUCAGUGUUUGGAAUGUGGAAAGGGCUAUUGUUAUCCAUCGGAACUAAAAAGGCAUGUGGGAAUUCACAGUGGAGAAAGACCUUAUGCAUGGGGGUUAUGCUGUAAAACCUUCAUUUAUGUCCGAUCCUAUCGAAACCAUGAAAAGGUUCAUAGGAAAGAGAAACUUUAUGAGUGUAAACAAUGUGGAUGUACCUUCAGUUUUCUUGACUCGUUUCAAAGGCACGAAAAGACUCACGAUAGAAAUUCCGUGAAUGCAAGGAAUGUGGGAAGGUCUUCAUGUGUCCCUCAUCUUUAACAAGACAUGACAACACACAGUCAAGAGAAACCCUAUGAAUGUAAGCAAUGUAGGAAAGACUUCAAAUGGCUAAUGUCUUUACAAACACAAAUGAGAACACACACUGAAGAAAAAUCUUACAAAUGUAAGGAAUGUGGGAAAACCUUCAAGAGUCCUUCAUCUGUACCAGUACAUAUGAGAAUACACACAGGAGAGAAACCAUAUGAAUGUGGGAAAGCUUUUAAUUUUUCUUCUGCUUUACAGUAUCAUCUGAGAACACAUACAAGAGAGGAAUAUUACAAAAGUAAGGUUGGAAAGCCUCCUGAAAAGUAAUUCAUAUAUCAUGCUCUGGAAAAUUCACUCCAGGAGAAAAAUCUUAUGAAAAUUAUAAAUGUGUUAUUGCCUUUUUUAAUAUCUCAUCCUUAAAGUGGACUGAUAGGUUGUAUCUUUCUACUUACUACUUUUCAGAAAUAAAUAUGAAGAGUAAAAUAAUUUUGUAAGAACUCUUUAUAGUACGUAAAUUUUGACCAAAAAAACCCACCAGACAAGUUGCUGUCAAGUCAGUUUUGAUUCAUAGUGACCCUAUA